AUGGCAUCAAGGUCCGCUCGGCCAAAGCCCCUGGACUGGGUGACUCCUCCACCUCUGACUAUCUUCAUCCGAAACCUCAAACUCCUUCAACUGGACCAGCGCGACGAUUGGCCCGACAUCACUCUCCGCGCGCUAUCCCCAUCAUCUCAGAAUCAACGACAGCGAAUUCGCCUGGUAGAAUGGGCUCUCUACCAUCUAUUCGCAACCUGGGAUCCGGAAUAUGCUCAAAAUAAACUCCGCCCAUUCUUCCCACCGCUAGAACCCCUACAAUCUGUCAACCUUCGCGCCGCUCUAUUCCGCUCGCUCGGCGAAUUGAAGAAAAAUGGCGAUCUGGGUCGGGAAAUCAUUCUCCGCAAGACAAUGCUGGAUGACUGUAAGGGGGAGAAAUUCGAUGAGCUCCUGGCUGUCUUCUCGACCGCUGUUCUCCGCAAGCUUCUUGCGCUUUCCGCACUGGAUACAUCCUGGAACCCAGCCCUGAAGGUCGCUACUGCGGCAGCUAUCUCCCCCACGGAGUACCAGAAUCUCCUGCCCCUAGUGCUUGCCCACCAGGUGUCCCUUGGCGCAACAGGGGGGCGCCGAGCACAUGCACACGAGACAUAUGAGAAGUUCUCACAACUUCUGGACAAUAAGAGGGAAGAGCUUACGCAACGAGCUAGUCUUCAAUCCGAGAAACUUCCGACCUACGAAGGGGUGAAAACAGCGGGACUAGCUCAAGAACUUCAAGCGAACUGGCUGGGCAGCGAGGAGUGGGCUAUCGCUUUGCUUGAUGGUGGAUCGCACAGCAGUACAGAUGGGUUCUUGGAGCUCCCCUUUUCGCAGGCUUGGGCACGCACGAAGGAAUCCAGGGUGGAUGGUCUAGGUGGAGGCGCCAAAUCAGACCUGGUAGUUGACUUGGAGGCACGGGUCUUGCGUCUACGGAGUCGCCUGCGCCGAUGGCAUGAAUACAACGAUUCCCUCCGGAACGAGCGCAGCGACAACCCUAAUGCAGUGGGGAGCAAGUCUACUGAGCCUCGCGUGCAGUUUCGAGAUCACCAAGCUAUGUCGGUGGCCAGUAUAUCCAAAGCGGUGCGGCAGCCUGGGGACCGUGACAGGUCGCUGAAAGAUACAGAUCAAUCAAUCAUGUCAAGUGUCACUGAGGCUAUAUCACGCAUCAAUGUCAAGGUAGAGCCCUUCGAAACUCGCCCUGUGCGGAACACAGAACCUCCAGUCUCACAUUCACCGCCGUCGUUGGUCACGUCAGAAGAACCAAGUGAUCAAAACCUGUCACCCUCGCCUUUGAAGAUAACCGACCCCAUCAACCCACCCCCAACUCUCAGUCCUCCAGAGAUUCGGACAAGUGAAUAUCAGGAGAAUCUACACUCAUCGCCUCCAAUCGUCCGCCUCUCCCCAGAUCAACACUCUAAGGAGCAACUAGAUCUGGACCAAGAUCCUGAACCUGAACCCCUAAAGCAACAACCACCACCACCACCACAAAACUACACUCUAGUCGAACGAACCCGCAAAUCAAUGUCUCUCAUUCCACCCCUCCCCUCCCACGAGAACCCUCAACCUCGCCGCCGCGGUCCCCGCCCUUCAUUCCCAACCAACCAAUUCGAAACGCCCCGGAAGAUAUCACAGCCUAAGAGUAUUCCAUCCCGCGCAUCAACGCCACAGGAUCAACUCUUCCAAGAGGAUGCGGAUUACGCGAGUGUUUUCAAGUCAAGGCCAAGAAUUGCGUUGAGUCCCGUUUCCUCCCCUGCGGUCCAUGUGAGUCCUACCUUUGACGAGGACGAAGAAUUCGACUUGGUUUAUGAUGAUGACGAUUACGGUAAUGCGGAGCUGGAGGCUGUGGAUUCGCCUUUGGCUACGCAGCGGGUGAGGCGUUUUUGA